AGGACGCAAAAUGUGAGAUCGAAUAUGCAUGGGGCUACCAGUUCUCCCACCAGCCAAUGCAAGGAUUCUCACGGAGCAUGAAGGGUAAAAGAACUGAUAUCAAACACCAGUCUGUUAGGAGGUGGUAAACUGAUGGUAAUGAUCUCCCAAUGGAUCUUCAAUUUCUGCUUUAGUGGUCCUGGCUACCGUCUUGUGCGUAUCGUGGAGGUCCAAUUUAACUCUCUCCUGCAGGCUAAUAUAUAUUUUGUUGUUACGUUCUUGAAAUCGGUGUAUUACUGAUGUCGGAUGAAAUUCGAAGAUGGAUCUCUUUCGGUCUCUGAUUCUCAUAAUUUUCUUGGUUUCAGUGGAUUUCACAGCGGGUCAAUCUAAUUUCAGCAGCGAAACCAUAACAGAGGUUCAAUCGUUCAAUUUUGGAGAGUCUUUGACGAUCGUAUCACCAAACUAUCCAGACUCCUAUCCAAGUAAUGCCAACUUUCAAUGGCUUGUUUCCGGACCAACAGGCUACCAAGUCAUGGCCCUUUUUAGAACCUUCCAUCUUGAAGAAAAUUUUGACUACGUAAGGAUCGGUUCCGGUCUAGAUCUGAAUGAUGGGGCAUCAUUAAUGACUACUUUCUCAGGUUUAGAUCUUCCUUGUAUCACGGUCUCGAGUAGCAAUGAGAUGUGGUUGUCUUUUGUCUCCGAUUCGUCUGUCACUUAUUUAGGAUUUAAUGUGACCAUCAGCGUUUAUACCUCCUCGAAUUCUUCAGGUAUCAUUGAUUCGCAUAACGUGAAGAUGACUUUCUGUGACAGUGUCCUUUCUACCUCAUCAAGCCCUGAUCCUGAUCUUGGCAACGCAACAGAGGUACAGUCUUUCGGUUUUGGAGAGUCUUUGACGAUCGUAUCCCCAAACUAUCCAGACUCCUAUCCAAGUAAUGCCAACAUUCAAUGGCUUGUUUCUGGACCAACAGCCUACCAGGUCAUGGCCGUUUUUAGUGCCUUCCAUCUUGAAGAACGUUAUGACCACGUAAGGAUCGGUUCUGGCCUAGACUAUGGAGCAUCAUUACUGACUUCUUUCUCAGGUUCAGAUCUUCCUUGUAUCACGGUCUCGAGUGACAAUGAGAUGUGGUUGUCUUUUGUCUCCGAUUCGUCUGUCACCUUUUUAGGAUUUAAUGUGACCAUCAGCGUUUAUACUCCCUCGAAUUCUUCAGAUAUCGCGGGUAAUAUAACAUAUUCUUCAUCAUCACAUGACGUCAUGAAUAUGAGUUUCUGUGAAGAAGUCCUCUCUACGCCAGGCCCAGUCUUUAAAACCUGUAUUGAGGAAUCGUGUUCUGGUGGUGGAGAGACAGUUGUAUGUAGAUGCGAUGAUAUUUGUCAGUUCUUUGGCGAUUGCUGUCCAGACUACCCUGUCUUUGGCGAGACUCCAUCAAACGAGACAUCUUCCAACGAGACUUCAUCAAACAAGACUCUUACAAAUGAAACUCUGUCGAAAGAAACCAUCCUUGAGGGUACUCUGUUAGACCUCAAUGUUUGGAAGUGCAUCGGUGAUUCUUUUCUUCCUCAAUCCUACCCAGAUCUUCAACAUGGGUAUCGGAUGGUCGCUAGAUGCCCUUCGGAAUGGUCUUUAGAUGAGGAUGUCACACAAAAGUGUGAAGAGGUUAACCCCAAUGUGACAACAAAAGUAUUUUAUAUUUACGAGGAUAUCUACUUUAAAAAUCUCGGUUGUGCUACUUGCCAUGGAUAUGAUGAACGUUCUUUGACUUCCUUUACCAUUUCAUCAGACCAGUUUUGUAUGUGGAGAAAUGAUACCCUUGACUGCUUUUCGCCAGUGCCGCCAUUACAGUCAAAUGCUUCAAGAAAUAGCAGCGAAUUGGUUGAAGAUCUUAUGCUUACCGUUCAUUAUAUCCCGAAACCUCGUCUUUGCAUAUUGAAUGCAACUGAAACGUGUCCGAACGGAACUGAAAAUGUAUCUCUUGAAUGUCAGUUCUAUCAGAAGCCAAUCAUCGGUGACGGUAUCAUACAUAAGCACCCGUCUUGUAGUCAUUGCACUGGAGGUCCCUUGCUCAUAUGUGCGUCUGAUAUUAUCGAUAGUAGGGGCACCAUUAUGUAUGAUUAUAUAAUGCCAAUGGAAGAAGAACUCGGGAUCAUUGACAUAUUUAUAAAUCCUGAACCUAUCUUAACCAUCAAAUGCACAGAAGGAUUGGAAUUAGAUCACAAUGGUAACUGCGUCCAAAUAUUAUCGGACUGGCCAGUCUGCCAUUCUGAAAAUUUCACCAUCAAUCAACUUAACGGAGCAGUAGAUUGUUUAGCAGAUGUCGCUUGCUUUAGGGACACCAUUUUAGAUAAUAGAUCAAUAUCUUUAAUCAAUCAUCAACCACCUUGCCUAGUAAAGUCAUCGACAUACAUGGAUAAUGAUACGAUAUCAUUCAGUUUGAAUUACAGAGAUAACAUAGAUCCAUCGAUCGAUGAACGUUUGAUAGAGAGAGAUAUUAUGCUUCUUCUUCAAACUCACAGGAGUGAUGAUUGCAAAAAUGUAGAGAUAUCCGCGAGUCAAUCAUGUUACGUGGAAGAAAGUACUGAAAACACAACGUACGAAUGUCCCAUGGAAAAUAUGUUUGUUGGACACUAUUCGGACCUGAUGCCUUCCCUUAUCAAGAAUGAGUCUUUUAUUUUCCUCAACGGAUCUUAUAUCCGGCCCAAGUGGUGGAGCAACAUCACCACCAUGCAGCUUGUUGAUGCCAAUGUCUCAUUUCAGUAUCAAUUCACCAUGUGUGGGAGUGAGGUUGCUCUACAGACCUGUCCUUUCUUAACGGUUUCGAACAAUUCCAUUCAUUGGAUUGACCAAGAUAACCGAUCGGUUAUGGUCCAUGAGGAUCAGAUGUACGACAUCGAGGACAUUCUUAUCAAUCCCGACGGUUCCAUCAAUAUUUGCUAUGAUCAUCAUGUCACACCAAGAAGGACAUUGACUAUCCUUGGACAUGUUCUCUUUGCGAUAUCAUCAACGUGUCUUUUGGCCACGUUGAUAACUUACAUUGCCUUCUCUACCUUGCGGAACCGCCAGGGUGUCUCCAUAAUGAAUUUCAUAGUUGCCUUGUUCUUCGGACAAAUCUUGCUUCAGUACGUCCGUCUUUCGGUAUCUGGGUUGGUAAUUCCUUGUAUAGUCGCCGCUGUAUUGUCCCAUUUCUUCUUCCUCGCUUCUUUUGUUUGGACGACGAUUCUCGCCUGGGACCUAAGUCGGAGCUUUGCAGCAAGUAACAUGAAGACGUUUUCGUCGAGCUCUUUUGGUGGUAAAAUGAUCGCCUUUCUCGUUAUUGGAUGGGGUACACCUCUCCUGUUUGUCUUCAUUACUAUAUUACUUCAGUUCGGGGGAUUUCAGAAUGGUCCUCUAUUGGAAUACGACAGUACCAGAUGUUGGCUUGCCACAUUAUCUAGCAUAGUGAUGUUCUUUGUUCCAAUGUCUAUCUGUCUCCUGACUAAUCUCGUAUUGUUCAUCAUCACUAUACAUGGGGUUCAUUCUAUCAAGAAGACAACAUCUAUGCUGAAAGCUGGCCAGGACUCUCAGCUCAAACAGUGGGCUGUAGAACUCAGAAUAUAUAUCAAGAUCUCAACUCUUCUUGGAUUCACCUGGUUGUUUGGAUUUUUAAUGAUGGUUGUCAGAGUGCCAUUCACAGAGUAUCUCUUCAUCAUCGUCAGCGGCUUCCAAGGUAUCUUCAUCUUUCUUUCUUUCGGUGCCAACAAACGCGUGAAGAAGCUUUGGCGAACGAGCAUGCAAACCUCGACGCUCUGGACUACUCUCUCCAGAAGGGACUAUUCCAAAGGUCAAAGCACUUCUGGUCAGCACCAUGCCGGACACAACACUUAACUUUUUUUACAAGGGAAGCUCAAACAUACUUAUAAACAUUAAAAAAUGAACUUGAUAAAGAUCUUUUCCAGUUUUUAAUUCUUGCCUGUUGAAUGUUGAUUGCUGUGUAUAAGAUUUUCAUCAUUCAUUUUUGUUCAAUGCUGUUGGUCAUGGACCUCCUAAUUAUUAUCGAAGAAUAUAAUUACAUAUGAUGUAUAUAAGGUAACACAUACGUAAAUGCUUUUAUCAAUUAUUUCGUUUUAAUAUGCCUGAAAUCGAAAGUACAUGUAGGCCUAUGUAUUUCAGUAAGAAAAAACACGCAAUAUUAUGCUCUCUUCGAAAUGUGAUGUAAUGAAAUUACUUAUCUAUCUUUUUUUUUUUCUUUUCUGUUGAACGGCGAUUAAAGUUGAAGAGGCAGAAUAGUAUACAUGCAUAAUGAUAGAAUGCUUGCCUUUAAAAAGGGAAAAGGGGAACAGUAGCGUAUCUAGGACACACGGCGCCUGCAUGGGGUAAGGGCCAAAAUCGCGUCCCUUUCGAAGUGUAAUGUAUACUACACUUAAUCACACAACCAAUCAAAAUAAAACAUAAUAUCAAUGCGAGUGCGAAUUAUUUUCAGUAUUAAGACGUUAAGACGGAAUAUUCUUAGUUGGUUUGGGGAAUCAUAAACAUCAUCAUCUAACGAAACAAUGAAUGCGAUCGCGAAGCGCGAGCUGAAAAUCAUUGAUAUUCAGACCCGAAAACGGAACAUUUAAAAAUACCCUUUUUAGGAAUUUAUAUAGAGAUGAUACGUAUCUCAUUAAACUUAUCGACCUAUAAUACGAGGGCGAAGCGCGAGCCUAUUUCUUUUUUCAAUUUUAAGAUCUUAAGAUUGAAUAUUAUAAACACUUUUUGAAAUCAUUAAUAUGAUGUUUAUCUAAACAAUUAAUGCGAGCGCGAAGCGCGAGCUGAAAAUUAUUGAUAUACCUGAAAUCGGGACAUUUUAGGGAGAAAUAACACUAACUAAGCAAAUAAUGCAAGCACGAGGGGUGACUUGAUUUUCUUUUAUAUACUUACCUGAAAGUGGAAAAUUUUAAUGACUAUUUGUAAGAAAUCAUGAAAAGGAUACUAUCGCAUCGGCUCAUUGCAAGCGCGAAGCGCAAGUUGAUUUUAUAUAUAUAUAUAUAUCGUCACCUAAAAAGGGACAUUUUAAUGGUUGUUUGUUAAAAAUUAAGGAAGAGGAUUUGUAUCUCCCUUAUCAAAUCAGCGCGUGAUGAAAAGUUUUGACAAUUAAACCAUGCAGAAAAAAUAUCUAUUUCCGAAUUGUUUUUAAGAAUUAAUGAAGAGUAACGCAUAUCUAAAUGCAAACCAGCAGCUAGUGAUGAAAAGUUUAAUACUUACGUUUGAAAAGGGAAUAUUUUAAGGAUUGUUAGAUUUUUUAAAGAGAAUAAGUAUAUCACUAAUCAAUAGUUGGCAUAAAUAUACUUCCCUGGGUAAAGACAUGCAAGAUUCAUUUUCAAAAUGUGUUGGAAACUGCAUUACCAUGGUAUUAGCAUAGGACGGGGUAUUAUCACCUUCAGUGGUAUUCCUUUUCUGUCCUUUAUUCCUUUGCCUUUUCUCUUCAUUUUUCCCCUUUACUUUUUUGCGCCUCCGUUCCCUUCUUUUUUCGCCACCCUGAAAGUGGUGCCCGGGGCAUGUGUCCCUCUUGCCCCCCCCCCCUGUUACGCCACUGAAAAGGAGCACUCGUAGGGAAAUACAAAACAAGAGCAUUUACUUACAAAGAUUAAUUAGAUUCUCGACAUGCUAAACUUCUCGCAUUUAUGCCUCCGCCAUCAUGGCCAUUGCAAGAUUAAGGCCCUGUAACACAAAGGUUAGCGAUUGAUCGUUAGCUAUUCUCAUACGAUGCUAGGCUUUGUGCUACGAGCCCUAGAAUAUUAAGUCGCCCAACUUUUUGAUUUUUUGAAAAUUACAAUAAAGUCAAUCUUGCCCCGAUUGUCACCUGUCUGGAUAUGGAUCCAUGUAGAAUUGAGCUAAAGUCGAGAAUUCCUGAAUAGAGACAUGUGAUAUUCCAAAAAUAGUUUCAUUUAAAUUGAGAAUGGGAUACUCUGUGGUUGACGUGUUAUUUAGAUAAAAUCCUGCAAUUUAAUCAAAACUGCAUGCCCCCCUUAAAAUUUAAAAGAAAGCUGAUUUUUUAUUCACCUUUCACAAACUUGAUAGACAUGAUUGAUGGUAAAUGAUAGAUGACACUUACCAAAACCCACGCAAUAAAAAGAUGCAAAACAUUUUUGGAAAGUAAGGUUUUAUUUUAUUUCAUUAUACUUUGAGAAAGUAUUGUGUUAUUUUCAUGUAGUUGUUCGUAAAGGUCAGGGUUUUACUUGAUACAUAAGGCAGGCCUAUAUACAAACUAAAGACGAUUGAUUACAAAAUACUCGUGCAAAGAUGAAAACGGUAGAUCAAUGGUAAACUAUCAGAAAUCAUUUUGCCGUGAAAAUGAUUUUAAUGUAUGUGUAUGAAUUGUUAUCAUUCCGUCAUCGAUUUCUUGAACUGUAACAAAUAUCUGUCUUUAUUGUAAUGUUGAAAGCUUUUGUGAUUAAUCUUGCCUCUUUUGUUUGUUCCCUCCACUAUUUUCUGGUAUUCCAUAGAAUUUUACGAAUCUUAAUUGUUCUAUAGUAUGUUUGAAAAGUAAAUAAAUUAAUUCUUCAUUAUCGCCAUGGUCUCUAUUCACAGCCGCUGUUGACCUAAGAGUGUACAAGUACAUUCUUCUUUGGAUUUGUGUAUUGUAUAUGUCCCCGCCCCCCCUCUCUCUCUUCUCUUUAUCUUCCUCCUACUUACCUGCCCCCCCCCCCCUCCUCUCUCUCUCUCUCUCUCUCUGUUAGAUUGGGGUUCACUGUUGGUUAAUGGUUUUCGCUGCAUGAUUUCGAUGGUUGGACAAACACAAAAAGCUGAAAUACCGACACAAAGGACUAUAUUCGUUUUUGUUCUCUCCAUCAUUCCAUAAACAUUCAUAUUUUAUGUAUGUUAACUUUAUUUUAUCAUUUUUUUCUGUUGAUUUUUUAUAUUUAAAGUUCAAAAUUGAACAAUGAAGAUUAAAAAUUAUAUGCUGCAUCAGAAUAACCGGGAAUUUUAAUGAAGUAAAAUCAAGAAUAGGUCUAAUUUUAUUUCGAACGCCCCCCCCCCCCAUGUGAGGAGAUGGUUAUAUGUUUUAAUGACCUUUUCCAGAUAUAAUAUACAUAGUUAAGCUUGUAUUUUAAAUGGUCUUCAAUCAAACUGAUAUGGAAUCAUUGACUCUCUUUGAAAGGAUUGUACAUACAGAUGCAGCUUAUGUUCAACAAUAUUAUAUUGUGGUGUAUCUUAAAACGUGCCAGACGAAUUUGAACGUUUGGGGAAUAGUGUGUAUUUUUUUGUACUAGUUGAUAGUUAUGCAUACAAGGUAGGCAAUUAAUUCCACUCAUAUGAAGAUUGCGUCCAUUGGCGACAAUCGGUAUAUAGUUUAAAAUUGAAAGUAUAUAAUCAUGAUAGUGUUUCUUCAUCAAUACCAGAUAAUUAACAUCAACGAUGAUUAAACGAUGAUGAAAUGCAUCAUCCUGUGUAAUUGCAG